CCAUCUGCCCACCUAUAGCUACAAAUAACACCCCGCUGUUCACCCCCGGAACGCACGCAGCGAGAGAGGGCGCGCGGCGCAGGACCCCCGCGCCACAAAGAAAGCGCCAUGUCGACGACGGAGCCGCUCCUCCCGGCCGGCGACGCGGCCGCCGGAGGCAAGAAGAAGGAGGGCAACAGGCGGGUGUGCAUCGACGACGCGCUGACGAUGCACGCUGGGGAGUUCGGGCGGUGGCAGCUGCGGCACUUCGUGCUGGUGUCGGCGGCGUGGGCGCUGGAGGCGCUGCACACCAUGGUGAUCAUCUUCGCGGACCGGGAGCCGGCCAUGGUCUGCGUCGCCGCCGGAGGCUGCGGCGAUCGGUGCGCGGACGCCGCGGCCGGGUGGGAGUGGGCCGACGGCGCCGCCUCGUCCACCGUCGCCGAGUGGGGGCUCGUCUGCGGCGAGCGCUACAAGGUCGGGCUCGCCCAGGCCAUCUUCUUCGCCGGCUGCAUGAUCGGCGCCGGCGUGUUCGGGCACCUGUCGGACUCGUUCCUGGGCCGCAAGGGCUCCCUGCAGGUGGUCUGCGUCCUCAACGCCACCUUCGGCCUCCUCACCGCGCUGGCCCCCAACUACUGGGCCUACGCCGCGCUGCGCCUCCUCACGGGCUUCAGCACCGGCAGCGUCGGCGUGCUCGCCUUCGUCCUCGCCACCGAGCCCAUCGGGCCCUCCCGCCGCGGCGCCGCGGGGAUGUCCACCUUCUACUUCUUCUCCGGCGGCAUCGCGGCGCUCGCGGGCGUCGCCGCGCUCUUCCCGCGCUCCUGGCGCGCGCUCUACGUCGUCACCUCGCUCCCGUCCCUCGCCUUCGUCGCCGCCGUCGUGCCCUUCGUCUCCGAGUCCCCGCGGUGGUACCUCGUGCGCCGCCGGGCUGACGACGCCAUGCGCGUUCUCCGCGCCAUCGCCGUCGCCAACGGGAGGACCGUCCCCGACGACGUCACGCUCAAGCUCGACGACGAGGACGAGGAAGGGACGAAGGGCGUCGAUGAUGAGUCGGCGAACUCUUCGUCGUCUUCGGGAUCCAUCGUCGACGUGUUCCGGUCGCGUACCACGCGGGCCCGCCUCGUGCUCUCGGUGCUCAUCAACCUCCUGGCGUCGGUGGUGUACUACGGCCUCAGCCUCAACGUGGUCAACCUCAAGACCAACCUCUACGUCAGCGUCGUCGUCAACUCGCUCGCCGAGAUGCCCGCCUACCUGCUCACCGCGCUGCUCCUCGACCGGUUCGGGCGGAAGCCGCUCGCCAUCGGCACCAUGCUGCUCAGCGGCAUCUUCUGCACCGCCGGGAGCCUCAUCGCCGGCGCAGGCAUCUUGAGGGUUGUGCGGAUGGCUUGCGGCGUGGUGGGCAUCUUCGGCAUGGCGGCGACGUACAACCUUCUGUUCAUCUACACGGCGGAGCUGUUCCCGACGGUGGUGCGGAACGCGGCGCUGGGGUGCACGGCGCAGGCGGCGCAGAUGGGGGCCAUCGUGGCGCCGCUGGUGGUGGUGCUCGGGGAGAGGGUGCCGUUCGCGGUGUUCGGCGCGUCGGGCAUCGUCGGCGGGCUGCUGGUCUUCUACCUGCCGGAGACCAUGAACAAGCCCCUGUACGACACCAUGGCCGGGCUGGAGGAAGGGGAGAAGAGCCUGCUGGGCUGAGGCGAUGGGUCGAGGUCAGCGGAGACGAUGAUCAGAUCAACAAACGGCGAUCGGAGAUGGUCUUUCGGUCUUGCUUGUAAUUUUGUGUAACUGAAAGGGAAUGAAAGUUGUCGUCCACGUUUGUGAGGUGGGUUACGCAAUGCUGCAUCGUCAGAACGUGCA